AAACAGAUCGGCCCACCGUUCGCUUGCGCUGUUGUAUUCAAUGGCGUGAACCAAUUUAUUGACCUUGGAGCGUGGAACCCUGGACCAAUAUAUUCUAUGGAGGUUUGGGUUCGAAUACUGGACGUACCAGAUGGGAGACAUGCGGUUGCUGGUGGUUUUGACAACUGUAGAGACUGGGGCAUUGGUAUGGAGGGAAGUUACUUCAAAGCAUUUUACAAACCACCAGACGGAUGUACGGCCUCCAUAAAAGAUAGCGAUCCUGUGGUAAAAGGCCAGUGGUAUUACCUUGUAAAAACUACCGACGGACAAACCGUGUCUUUUCAUGUUAAUGCCAAACUUGUCGGAACUGCUGCUGUGUUACCGAUGCUGCCGGGAACAUCAAAUGGCUUUUACAUCGGUGGCGAAAAAUGUUGCGGUAAUUAUUUCCCUGGUGAAGUAAAGAGCAUGAGGGUAUGGAAGCGGGUUUUGGAUACGAAUGAAAUCCAAGAAUCCUAUUUGAAGGAACAUCUAGCUGUUGAUAAAUCAACGGAGAAUGCGCUGAACAAGGGUUUGGUUGGCCACUGGGACUUCGGGGAAUCGAAACAUCCUCCGUGUACUGGUAACGACCAUAUGGGAGCGGAUUGGACGGUAAAUGAUGGAGAGGAAAUAUGGGGAGUGCAUUGCAACCUUUCACACUUUGUUAUUGCCGAUCACGCAACAGUGAGCGUAAAGGCAUGGAAUGGAGACACAGGAACCGGAAAACUGGAAAUUUUUGCUAAGGAUAUUGACAUAUACGGCACAUUGACAGCAACGGGAAAGGGUUACAGGGGCGGAGUUGGACCAACUGCAACACACCAGGCGGGAGCAAUAGGCGAAAGUUUUAAAGGCGGUUACCCGACCUCAAACACAAUUGUAACAACCACCGGUGGUGGUGGAGGAGGGGGAGGAGAGGCCGAUGGAUCUAACGCUCAUGGAAAGCCUGGUGGUGGUGGAGGUUAUGGCACAAAUGGUGGAACUUGCAAAUUGAGACCUGGUAAAGAUGUGUCACACUGUGGUGAUGGUGGUCAGAGUUACGGAGAUGACUUGCUUAAGACAUUGUACCUGGGUUCAGGUGGUGGCAGCGGGGGAAAUGAUAAUAGUUUAAGUGAUAAUCCUUCGGGGGGAAAUGGUGGAAAUGGUGGAGGGGCUAUUCGUUUGGAUGCAUUGCGUCAUAUUGAAGUCACAGGUCUUGUGGAAGUUAAUGGAGAAAUUGGACAAGGAGAUGUCAGUACGAGUUGCGAUGUAUGUCCUCCAGCAUGUUCGGACCAGGGAGGUUGCGUUGGUGGAUCAAAUACAGAAUGUUACGAUUUCUCUGGCGCCGGCGGUGGUGGAAGUGGGGGCAGUUUAUAUUUAAGAGGAGAAGUUGUAAAUGUUGGUGUGAAGCAAAUCUCAGCAGAUGGAGGUAGAGGUGGACACGGUGCUAACGUUGCAUGUGGGGGUGAUGGAGGGAGAGGAAGGAUUAGAAUUGAUUACGUUGACUUCUAUGGAGACGCACCAGAUUAUGCUGUGUUGACACCAUUUGAUGCAACUUUUCCGGAUAAAAGUUACUUGGGGCAACAACAGAUUGAUCUUGCAAAUACUGUAUACGGGAACGAAGUAUUUCUGGGAUGUUUUGUUGAUAAUAAUCCAGAUCGGCUUCUACAAAACAUGAUUACACUUACAACCGAUGAGAUAAAUCAACUAACCCCUGACUUCUGCAUCAAUAAGUGUAGGCAAUUAAAUUACAAAUAUUCUGGUACUGAGUAUUCUAAGGAGUGCUUCUGUGACAACCAGCUUGGAAAACAAGUGAAAACAGCAGAAAAUGAAUGUAAUUCCCCAUGUUCCGGUGAUGCACAGCAAUGGUGUGGUUCUGGAAAUCGCAUAACAGUAUAUGGCCCACCACCACAGGGAGGUGCGGCUGUUGAACAUAAUGGGGCUGUACAAGAAUGCAAACCAUGGUGUGGGAAUAGUGUUGACCAGAACAAUCAAGUUACAACUUGGGGUGAGUGCAUUAAUAAUGGGUAUGUAUCAGAAUACACCACUCAAUGCAACUGUAAUAUUGGUUACACUGGAGAUGACUGUAGUCAAACCUGCUUUGACUGGACUUGGGGCCAAGACUGUUUAAAUCAGUGUGCAUGCACUCAAGAGCAUACAGAUCUGUGCGACCCACAGACUGGAUCCUGCAAAUGCAAGAGUGGUUUCAAAGGAGAUAGAUGUCAGUAUGGAUGUUCUGAUGGGAUGUGGGGAGUUGAUUGUACUCAAACUUGUGCAUGUGAUGUGCCACAUGCAUCACAAGACAGCAGUCUUCCCACCUGUGAUCCAUCUUCUGGGGAUUGCAGUUGUGUAAUCGGUUAUUUUGGCUCAAAAUGUGAUACUGUAUGUCCGGAUGGAAGUUGGGGAUUGAAUUGCGCAUCUUCUUGCUUAUGUCAACAUGGAGCUUGCUCUCCAACUGAUAAACUGUUGUGUUGGAACAUCAUCAGAAAACUGAAAUCACAAGGUAAAAUAACAGCUGAUUCUUUCGUGGUGUAUAUAGGGUACAGUGGAAUAAACUGUGAUCAACCAUGUGAUCAGCUACACUGGGGUAGUAGCUGCGUAAAUCAAUGUACAUGCAACUCACAUCCAUGCGAUUCACAAACCGGGACCUGCAACUGCUCCCCACCAAAUUCAGGAACACAUUGUGAAAAUGGUUGUCCACCAAACUACUGGGGUCCAACCUGCAGCAGUGUGUGCAACUGUGGCCCACACUCACUUGGAUGUGAUCUGAAUGAUGGAACUUGUUUGUGUGAUGUUGGUUACACAGGAACGACAUGCGAACUAUCUUGCCCUGUUGGAUCAUUUGGUGAAGAUUGUGCGUAUACGUGUCAAUGUGAUGUCAAUAACAUUGUAAAAUGCGAUGCAGUCAAUGGGCAAUGUCAGUGCAAACCCGGUUAUUCAGGAUUACAGUGUCACACAGUAUGCCCACCUGGAACCUUUGGCGAUGGAUGUUCAUCUGUAUGCUCCUGUCAGAGUGAAACAUGCGACCCUAUCACAGGAGAAUGUCAAAGUUGCCCUCCAGGUUUUAUUGGUCUACAGUGUUCACAGACUUGUCCGGACAACUAUUACGGAGAUGGUUGUACUCAAUUAUGUGGGUGUACCAUUCAUGUUGAUUCUUGUGAUCCAGUGAUAGGGAUUUGCAACUGCAAGCCAGGUUAUGUUGGAACUGGUUGUGAAACAGCGUGCGACUCCCAGCAUUGGGGAGCAGACUGUGCUAAUCCUUGCCUGUGCGUGGAAACCAAUACUAUGCAGUGCAAUCCAGAAACAGGCGCAUGUCUUUGCAAAAAUGGAUUUUCUGGCUCGUUGUGUGAAAUUGACUGUUCCAAUGGUCAAUGUGCAGGAACAGGAUGUAACUGCGUCAAUCAAGGGAUAUGUUUAUCAGAUGGAUCAUGUGACUGCCCUGUUGGAUAUAAUGGAUUGAAGUGUGAAAGUAUUUGCCCAAUGUGA